UGCAGCUGAACGCUUACAGUAGACGCGUCGCGCAGCGGAGCAGACACACGCUCCUGAGGAAUAGCAGCUUGAUGGCUAAUCACCUCAUACAGAUCAAUGACUCCUCCACCGCUGUCAUUCGAUUCGCGCGGAAAGGAGCUCUGCGUCAGAAGAACGUGCAUGAAGUUAAAAACCAUAAAUUCACCGCUCGAUUCUUCAAGCAGCCCACAUUCUGCAGCCACUGUACCGACUUUAUCUGGGGAUUUGGAAAGCAAGGCUUCCAGUGCCAAGUGUGCUGUUUUGUGGUCCACAAAAGGUGCCAUGAGUUUGUUUCCUUCUCCUGUCCUGGGGCCGACAAGGGCCCUGACACAGAUGACCCCAGAAGCAAGCACAAGUUUAAAAUCCACAGCUACGGCAGUCCCACCUUCUGCGAUCACUGUGGCUCACUGCUGUACGGACUCAUACACCAGGGGAUGAAAUGCGACACAUGUGACAUGAACGUUCACAAGCAGUGUGUGAUGAAUGUGCCGAGUCUAUGCGGGACAGAUCACACAGAGCGUCGAGGAAGACUCUUCCUUAAGAUUGAGGUCAGCGGAGACAAACUUCAUGUCACAGUGGGUGAGGCCAGAAAUCUGAUUCCCAUGGACCCCAAUGGACUGUCAGAUCCAUACGUGAAACUCAAGCUCAUCCCAGACCCCAAGAACGAGACCAAACAGAAGACAAGAACCAUCCGCUCCUCACUGAACCCCACCUGGAACGAGUCCUUCAUUUUUAAGUUAAAGGUGUCUGAUAAGGAGCGGCGUUUGUCGGUGGAGGUGUGGGACUGGGACAGAACAACUCGGAAUGAUUUCAUGGGCUCCAUGUCGUUUGGUGUGUCUGAACUGAUCAAAACUCCUGUAUGUGGCUGGUAUAAGAUGUUGAACCAGGAGGAGGGUGAGUACUAUAACGUUCCCAUCCCAGAGGAGAACGACAUCAACCUGGAGCUGCGGCAGAAGUUUGAAGCCUGUCAUCUCAAUAUCCACUUCCUGAAGAAAGCCCGGCUUGGUCCAGGGAAGAAAGUCAUCACACCCACUGAUCACCGGCGCUUCAGUUUACCAUCCGGAAACAUUGACAGAGUCCAACUCAAUGACUUCCAUUUCCUGGCUCUUCUCGGCAAAGGCAGUUUUGGGAAGGUGAUGUUGGCGGAGAUGAAAUCCACUGAGGAGCUGUAUGCUAUUAAAAUCUUGAAGAAGGAUGUGGUGAUCCAGGACGAUGAUGUUGAGUGCACAAUGGUGGAGAAGAGAGUGCUGGUCCAGAGAAAAAAGCCGCCAUUCCUCACUCAACUGCAUUCAUGCUUCCAGACUGUGGAUCGCCUGUACUUUGUAAUGGAGUACAUUAAUGGAGGAGACCUGAUGUAUCACAUCCAGCAAGUGGGCAAGUUCAAGGAGCCUCAAGCCGUAUUCUAUGCAGCAGAGAUUGCUGUAGGAUUGUUCUUUCUCCAUAGGAAGGGAAUUAUUUACAGGGAUCUGAAGUUGGAUAAUGUGAUGUUGGAUUCUGAGGGUCACAUUAAGAUCGCAGACUUUGGCAUGUGUAAGGAGAACAUGUUUGAGGGCAUGACGACGCGCACCUUCUGCGGAACGCCCGAUUACAUUGCCCCAGAGAUUAUCGCGUAUCAGCCAUACAGUAAAUCAGUGGACUGGUGGGCAUACGGCGUCCUCCUCUACGAGAUGCUGGCUGGGCAGCCUCCAUUUGAUGGAGAGGACGAGGAUGAACUGUUUCAAUCUAUAAUGGAGCACAACGUGUCCUACCCCAAAUCCCUCUCUAAAGAGGCAGUGUCCAUCUGUAAAGGGCUGAUGACGAAGCACCCGUCAAAGCGUCUGGGUUGCAGUCCAGAGGGUGAAAGAGAUAUAAAGGAGCAGGCUUUCUUCCGCAGAAUUGACUGGGAACGACUGGCAAACAGAGAGAUCCAACCACCAUUCAAACCCAAAGUGUGCGGAAAAGCAGCGGAGAACUUUGACAAAUUCUUCACACGUACUCAGCCCAUGCUGACUCCUCCAGACCAACUGGUCAUAGCCAACAUUGACCAGAGCGAAUUUUCUGGAUUCUCGUUUAUAAAUCCGGAGUUCAUCCACCCGGCAUCGUUUCACAGUGUGGUAUGAGGCGACUCGAUGAAGAAGUGGAUCGUCUGAUCAGCUCAAACUACCAGUCGCAUCAACAUUAUUUAUGAGCUCACCAAAUUUUUGUACACUGUUGAAUACCCUUUAUCUGAACUGAGGGGGGCUAGAUCAGGGGUUGUUAUAUCAAAAGAUUAUGUGUCCACAUUCACACUUUGAGGGCAAUACCUAAUGUAGAUCAUAUAGGCUUUGAUCCAAAACCUACUGAGCUGCCUAUAGUGUUGUUAACUGUCCCGUAUUAUGAUUUGAAUCAGACUUCAAAGAAACCACUUAAGACCCCUAGCGAUCACAUCAGGCAAGUUCAACACCCAUUAGACCUUAUCAGAUCUCCAAGAAUCCACCUCAGAUCACAUUAGAACACCUAGAGGCUAUAUCAGACCAGUUCAGAUCCCAUUAGAUCUCAUUAAAAACCCUAGAAAGCACAGACCACUUCAGACCCUGUAAGACCAAAUCUGUCCCAAAUAGACCUCAUCAGACCUUAAAAAAAAAAUCCAGACCCCAUUAGACCAAUUUAAAUCCUAUUAGACCUCAUCAGACCUUCAAUAAACCACUUCAGACUACAUUAGACCAAAUAAGAACCCCUAGAGACCCUGUUACACCACUUUAGAUCCCAUUAGACCUCAUCAGACCCCCAAGAAACUAAAUCAGACCCCAAUAGUAGAAUGCACAGUAAUAGCAAACCCACAAAAUGCCUUAAUCUAUUUUGUUACAGAACCCCUAGAGUCUACAUCAGACCACAUUAGACCUAUCCAUUCAUCCAUCCAUCCAUCCAUCAAUCUAUCUUUUACUAUUACGAAGGCUUUAUCAAGCCGACAUCAAAGUUUCUCUUGGCGAAAUGUACCUGUCUACAGUAAUUUGUGUAUGGUGUUGUUAUCUUAGCAUCACUCUAAUAUCAUGUCUCCCGUGAGGAGUGAGUAUUUGUGUGGUACGUGGAGUUGGUACCUGUGUAGAGUGUUUCAAAUCAGUCACUUAUGAGGUCCUAUGUAGACAUUAGACAUAAAGGCAGUUCACUAUGGUUUGGAACAGAGCUAAAAUGUGCUGUAUGUCCUCAUAGCAAUGAUAGUUUGUCUAACGCCUGUGUAAAGAUAGAUGUUGUGUGCAGGCCAAAGACCAGAGUUUUUACAAAGCUUCUAUAUUUUUGGAUGGUGGAAAUGGUCAACAAUCCCUUGUUCCAGACCUCAAAUUUGUUGUCUGUGCAGCAUGCUUGACAUAAAGCAGGUUUUUGUGUCCCUUACUUAUAUCCUCUCUACUGCCAUUUCUAUUGUUCCUGAAUUAUAUAUUUGUAAAUCUUGUGAUAGGAGUGCCAAAAUAUAUUUAGCUCUAUGUAUGCAUAUUGAUUUCUUAUUAUAUCUUUUGCUGAUGUCCCAUAACUUGACCUGGACUGACACCUCGCUCCCGGAGUUUUAGCAUGACAGCUUCUGAACCAAUCGUUGCCCGCUUGCCUGACUGAACAUACACAGACGUGUACAGUAUCUCUUGAUCUAAAUGUACAAAUUGUGAUACAGUGUGAUUCUUCAUUGGUAACAGGCAGACCCACCCUUACAAAAAAUCUAGAGUUGCUGCAAACUUGCUGCAAGUUCGCCACUCAUUCAUUUUCACAUGCAAAUGAGAUUUGCUGAAAACUCUUCAUUGUCGCCAAAGAUUUGCUGCAGGUUCAACACUACUGGUGGAGAGCUGAAAAAUUCUGGCAAGCAUUUGCACGAAAAACAAGCUCAUAUAAAGGUGGAGAAUUUGUGGCAAGUUUGCAGCAAUUUUGCGACAACUCUAGAUUUUUUGUAAGGGUACACGUAAUCUGCAUCUGUAAAACUCAGGAGAAAGCUCUUUAUCCACAGAAUUGGAAAGCCAAUCAUUCACAAUGUUUGACAAAUCACCUGCCCAUUGUUUGUUAGGUUAUUAAAUAUGUCUGUCUGUCUGCCUGUCUGUCUGUCUGUCUAUCUAUCUGUCUGUCUGUCUAUCUGUCUGUCUAUCUAUCUAUCUAUCUAUUGUAUAAAUAUAUUUAUAACAUUGAUAGAUAGAUAGACAGACAGACAGACAGACAGACAGAUAGAUAGAUACAAUAUAAAUGGUUUAUAUACAUAACUGUAUUUAUUUUUCAGGAAGGGGAUCCGUUGCAAUGAGAUCAUCAUAUUGGGUGUCCUUUGUAUGGAAAAGUCUGAAAACCCCUGUUCUAAGCAAAACAUUUUCUUUAAUAUUGGUGUGAAAAAUGACCCUGACAUGUUUUGGAGACAUUUACCAAGGGGUUAUUUUCAUAUAAAUCAAGCUCAAUGCAAUCUACAGUCUCAUCAUGCACUUAAUUCCCUUUUUGUGAAUCAUCUUGGAGUGGGAUGGGGGUUCUGACCACUAUUAUGCUGAAGGUCUCCGCAUCUCUGGUAGCGUGCAGCCAAGUGUUUGUCUUUUGAGAAAUACUCUUGGUGUUAAACUACAUGUUCUACAGUUCUCAUCAAAUUGAGCUUUCCAGUAUAUAUAAAGAUAUAUCAUAUCUUUUUAGCUCAUAGUUUAUGAUCAUCUUGCAUUUCCACUCUGUGACUACUUUAACGUAGAGCGCUACAGUAUGUUUACUGUUACACUAUUUACCACAUUUUUGUACAUACAGAGAUGGCAUACAUUAUCUCGCAAAUUUUAUACUAAGGGCUGAAUGUGCAUUUACUAACUUACAGUAGAUGGUUUCUAUGAUCCCAAAAAGACUAGUUUGGCUAAUUUGAGAUAGAUUUGGUAUCAGCAGACCUUUCUUAAAUGUAUCUCUUGUUUUUGAUAAUAUCUAAGCUGACUGGGGGGGUUGUGGAUGCUAUCAGAGCUCCUGUGUGUGUGUGUGUGUGUGUGUGAGCGUGUAUUUAUCACUUUGUGGGGACCAAAUGUCCCCAUAAGGAUAGUAAAACCCGAAAUUUUUUACCUUGUGGGGACAUUUUGUCGGUCCCCAUGAGGAAAACAGCUUAUAAAUCACACUAAAUUAUGUUUUUUGAAAAGGUAAACAUGCAGAAAGUUUUCUGUGAGGGUUAGGUUUAGGGGUAGGGUUAGGUUUAGGGGAUAGAAUAUAAAGUUUGUACAGUAUAAAAACCAUUAUGUCUAUGGAAAGUCCCCAUAAAACAUGGAAACACAACUGUGUGUGUGUGUGUGUGUGUGUGUGUGUGUGUGUGUGUGUGUGUGUGUGUGUGUGUGUGUGUGUGUGUGUGAGUGUGUGAGUGAGCGUGUAUUUAUCACUUUGUGGGGACCAAAUGUCCCCAUAAGGAUAGUAAAACCCGAAAUUUUUGACCUUGUGGGGACAUUUUGUCGGUCCCCAUGAGGAAAACAGCUUAUAAAUCAUACUAAAUUAUGUUUUUUGAAAAUGUAAAAAUGCAGAAAGUUUUCUGUGAGGGUUAGGUUUAGGGGUAGGGUUAGGUUUAGGGGAUAGAAUAUAAAGUUUGUACAGUAUAAAAACCAUUAUGUCUAUGGAAAGUCCCCAUAAAACAUGGAAACACAACUGUGUGUGUGUGUGUGUGUGUGUGUGGUGCUGCUGCUGCUGCAAAUCCACACAUGCACAACAGUGUCUUGUGAUUCCAGGAAUCCAGGGUUCCUUCAUAUUGAAUGACUGUCACACCACAUCCGACACCUUAACUAUUUUUGUGUUGUUCCUGUUUUGUCUCAGUUGGUGGAUGAAGAAUUAAACUAGUAGACUCCAUAAUGUGUAGAUUCCAACUGCUGCUGAGUGAUUCCUGGGUAUUAAUACUGAACAAUUGAGCUGUGUCUGAAAUCUUUAUCUGGAAUGGAUUCAACAACAGAGAAUUGAUGUGAAAUAAAAUUUUUGCAAACUCUAAA